UUGUUUUCUAGACUCCUGUGGUGAACUUUGAUUGUUUUUAUUCACAAUGCUAAUUUAGGUUUCGUUAGUUAGUUAACAAGUGAUUAAGAUGGCGAUUGGUGAUGAUUAUAAUCCGCUACCUGUUGACGAAGAUGAGGCCGUGGAAGAGGAUAAUUUACUUCACUCGGAUAACGAUGAAUCAAGUGAUGACUCUCUGAUUGAUUCUCAACCAGCAACAGCAUCUCCACAUCUACAUGAUAAAUAUCGGAUGAUUGAACUCAUCUCUGGAUUACUUGGUUUAAUCUGUUGUAUUCCUUGGAACGUUUUCAUCACAGCAACUGAUUGUUGGAAUUAUAAAUUUCGUAAUGUCAACAAUUCCACCUCUGGUCCCACCCCAAUUCAAGUUUAUUUUAAUAGUUACCUUUCAAUGGCAAACAAUGUUCCAAAUAUAUUGGUGGUUUUAUUCAUGAUUUUCUUUGGCCAUAAAAUUACAGCCACAAUAAGAAGUGUUACUUCCAUGUUGAUAAUAAUGGUGCUGAUGAUCACAUCCACAGUUCUUGUUAAGGUUGACAGUGAUAAUUGGCAAGAUGCCUUCUUUUGGUUAAUCAUAUUCAAUGCGUUGAUCCUCGGUUUAUGUACCGGCAUUUUGGCCUCGAGUAUCUCUGGUGUAGUGUCUUCUUUCCCAUCUAAAUGCAUUCAAGCCGUUGUUCUCGGUCAAGCCAUUUCUGGCAUUUUUGCUGUGAUUUGUCAAAUUGUUUCGUUAAGUGCUCAUAGUGAUCCCCGAGCCUCAGCCAUGUAUUAUUUUAUCUGUGCUGAUAUGUUAUUAGCAAUAGCAUUUGUUGCGUAUUUAAUUGCACGUAAAACGCCUUAUUAUAGAUAUUAUCGUAAACGAGGUAUGUUUACAUUAUCAAUUGAUAAUAUCUCAGAAAGAUCGAUUGCCCGAAGGUCAGAUCUUAUUGCAAUUUCUCGAGCUAUAUGGCCGCAUUUAUUAUCAGAAUUCCUGGUCUUAGGUAUAACUUUUGCUGUUUAUCCUCCGCUUAUGGUUCUGGUUGCACCAAAGAACAAAGAUUCUCUCAUAAUUUCGGGUGAACUAUUUUUACCCGUUUUCUGUUUCCUCUUAUUUAAUAUCAACGAUUUACUGGGUCGUUUGGUCGGCAAAUGGUUCCCCUUCCCCCAAUCAAAGCCAAUCUAUUUAAUCAUAUUAUCACUCAGUCGGUUACUAUUAGUGUUUGGCCUUAUGGUUUGUAAUAUUCAUCCCAGAAAUUAUCUUCCUGUUUUAUUUGAAUCUGAAUAUAUUUAUGCCAUAUUGGUAAUGUUGUUGGGUUUAUCUAAUGGAUAUGUACUCACAGUCAGCAUGUUCCAAGCGCCUUUAUCUGUGAAACCUGAGUUGCAGGAGAAGACGGGAUUCAUUAUCUCUGCUGCUCUGGGUUUGGGAGUUUUCGCCGGGUCAAUAGCUUCCAAUGUGGUUCUCCGACUAAUCUAGAUUAUUUUCAAAUGGACAUAAUCAGCAUAAUAAUUUUCACACUUCAUCGUGUUGAACUUAUAGUGAGCAUUAAACAAAAAAUGUGAAAGAAAUGAAAGAAAAACGUGCAUUUGGUUAACCAAAAAAAAAAGUCCCCAACACCAAGUAACUAAAACAAUCAUUUAAUUUGAUCAUUUUCUCUCUCUCCUUUUAUAUUAAAUUGCUAUUUAUCAAAUCUAUAUUAUUGUAAUUCCAUUGAUCAUCACAAUAAUACGACGAUCGAUCCACCCGAAAUUCAACGCCAGUGUAUUUGAUUGCAUUUUUGUCCAAAAAUCUCUUUCGUUGUGUAAAUCAUUGGUUUCUAAUUCCCCAUUCAAGUGACAAAACAAAAUCUCAUCUAAUUAUAUAUUUUCAAUCCUUUUUUUUUCUUAUCGAACUAAUUAACUUCUUAAUUAAAUCACAGCAAGUUCACCUCUUUUUCUAUUAUCGAAAAUAUUUAAACUGUUCACCUUUAAUAUGCGAACAAUUUUAAUAAAAAUCGUUUUGAUUUAAAUUA